AUGAGUAGAACUAACAGCACUCUGCACUCUGAGUUCAUCAUUGCUGGACUACCAAUCCUACAGGAACAGGGCACUGCACUCUUCAUCUUCUUCCUAAUCCUCUUCUUGGCCACAUUCCUUGGUAAUCUGCUCAUCGUGGUGUUAAUAUCCCUGGACCACCGGCUGCACAUGCCCAUGUACUUCUUCCUGUGGAACCUGGCUGUCUUAGAUAUACUGCUGACUAGUACCAUCAUACCGAAGAUGCUAGCAGGGCUUUUAGGUCAUAAAUCCAUCUCCUUCUCAGGUUGCUUUGUACAGAUGUAUUUUCUCAUCUCAUUUACAGCUGUUGAGGGAUUCCUUGUUGCUGCCAUGGCUUAUGACAGAUAUAUUGCUGUAGUGAAACCACUGAAUUACAACACCAUCAUCAACACAAAGGUUUGUAUUACAAUGACAUCCACAGUUUGGGUACUGGGCUUCUUUGUUCCUAUUUUGUCUGUAGCACCGGCCAGCACUUUGCCAUUCUGUGGUUCAAACCUUAUCCUUCACAUUGUCUGUGACUACCCCACUGUAAUGUUAUUAGCUUCUGGUGAUGUUACUGUUCAAGUCAAUUUUACUCUAAUAAUGGCCAUGAUCGCAAUUUAUGUCCCUUUUCUCUAUGUCUUAUGGACAUACUGCAGAAUCAUAGCCUCAAUAAUGAGACUGAAAACUGUGGAAAGCCGUAAGAAGGCCUUUUCAAUGUGCUCUUCACAUAUGACAGUGGUCUUUCUAUAUUAUGUGUCCAAUUCUGUGGUGUAUAUUGGGUUGAGAGUGGAGAGUAUUCCUUCUGAUGGACGCAUCUUCAUUGGUGCAGUGUACUAUUUCCUCACGCCUUUGUUCAACCCUAUUAUAUACUGUCUAAGGAAUGAAAAAAUCAAGCUGGCACUUCAAAGCUUUUUUAGGCUCAAGUCUUAG